AGCGGCGGAGCCGGGGCAUGGCGGGCCUGGGCUCCCUGGAACCGGGCACCGGCCCCGGCCCCGUCCCGGCCACUCGCGUGGAGAUCACCGUGUCCUGCAGACAGCUCCUAGACCGGGACACCUUCUCCAAGUCGGACCCCCUGUGUGUGCUGUACACGCAGCGCCCGGGCAGCCACCAAUGGCGGGAGUUUGGCCGGACCGAGGUCAUCGACAACUCCCUGAAUCCCGAUUUCCUGCGGAAGUUCGUGCUGGAUUUCUGCUUCGAGGAGCGGCAGAACCUGCGCUUCGACCUGUACGAUGUGGACUCCAAGAGCCCCGACCUCUCCAAGCAUGUGAGUGAAGGACCCGCCCCGACCCCCACCCCGGAACGGGACACCCCGGUGACCUCCGUGACCCCAGUGACCUCUGCUGACCCCCGGUGA